UUUGUGAGACCGAUCCAUUAGAGAAAAAUAAUAAAUCGCACUUUACGAUCUGCGUAUCUCAUUGAAAGCUGCAGUCUAAUAUGUUCUCAUUUGUCUGCAUCCUGUGUAGAAUUAUCGACACGGACAAUUAGUUCCACGAUAGAAGUUUGCAAGAAAUGGCUGUGCGAUUUGUUGUAACGGUCGCGAUUUUUCAGCUCGCAAUCUCGAGUUGCUAUGCCGUGACCGGUGUAAUCUGGCACAAACAACAGCAGAAAUUCGUGCAGUUGUUUAGCAUUCCGCAAUUCGCCGCUUUUCGAAAGGAAAAUCUGGCCACAAAGUACUCGUUAGAGAAGCGGAAUUUAACAGGAGAAGUGGUGAAAGUUGUAUAUUAUGAGGAAGCAAAUAUGGUAAUGUAUACCGACAAUGAUACGAAAAUCAAUGGAUUUUACGGCGAACUGUGGAGUCUUCUCGCGGAUUAUCUUAAUUUUACACUUGUACCGAUCAAAAAAAAUUUUCGAAUUUUUGGUCAGAGACUAGAAAACGGUACUCAGACCGGUUUACUUGGCGUUCUCGGGCGAAAUGAAGCUCAUGUAUUAUUGAGAAGUGGAUACACUGUAAGUCUCAUGGACAUUUUACAGUAUACUACACCUCUUUGGAAAAUCAGCUUUCAUAUUUAUGUUGUACCGGAAUGGCAAUUCGAUAAUACAUGGAUGCUAAAGUUAUUUUCAUGGCAAUCAUGGUUUUAUACAAUGUUCUUGUUCAUCAUCCUAAGUUGCGUCGGCUAUUUUCUGCAAAAAGUUCCCACGGACAAACCCAAACGCAAAAGAAAAGGCUCUAUAGAUUACACUAUAAGCGAUCAUGUUUUUUAUACAUUCGCUAUAAUGACCGCACGAGGCGAUCCACCUGAAGCUUUUUACAACAAGUUUAGAAUCUUGUCGCUGUCAAAGAGUAUAUUUGCAUGGCUAAUACUGUUGGCCUUUAGUUCUCAUCUUAUAUAUCGCAUGACAAAUAGACAACUGAUGCUGCCGUUUAAUGAUGUAGAAUCUCUUAUUAAAAAUACACAUUACACCUUACUGGCGUUUCGUGGCAGCUUUCUCUACAAUUAUUUUAGGGUAAACAUAAGAUUACUUGCACAUGUAUCUAUUUUCUAUUAACUGCUUAUUAAUUAAUUGUUAAUUAACUAUUUAUAUUUCAAAUAGUAUUUCGUCGAUUUAGUUUUGCACUAAAAUCGUGGUAAAGCUUUUUUCAAGUAAUUUAGGAGGGCAUUCAUCAGAAAUAUUAUAACCAAUAUAAAGUAAUAUAAAUUUUAUGCAAAAUUAGGUAAAAAUAUUGAGAUAUUUGCACAACUUGAAAUAACCUUUACAAAAAAAUCACAUUGUAUAAUUAUAAUUCACAACUUAUUUUUUAGGAAAAAUAUCAAACAUUGAUCAAGAAAGAUUCGUCGCGUAUACGUUUUAUAGACGUUUCGGAAAACAUGCACGAUACAGCUUGCAGCGAUAUGAAAAAAUACGCAAUGUUUCAGUCCGAAGACCGAUUUAUGGCAAUGAACAGAGCUGGUUGCCCUCUUCAGCCUGUGGGUAGUUUUAACGAAAGCUGGAUGACGUUCGCACUUCAAAAGAACUUUCGUUAUAAGAAGGCCAUCAAUACUGCACUCGUCAAAUUUAGAGAAGUCGGACUGUUGCAUGGCCUUAAAGAAUAUUGGCUUCAUCCUAGAGUUAUAAAUGCAGAUCAGGCGGCGUUUAAAAGGAUCGAUUUGGGCCAAGUCCAUUUAAUUUUUCUAUUAUUGUGUUGUGGGAUAUUGAUAUCGCUUGUGAUACUCGUUUUGGAAAAGAUAAUGUACUAUUACGAAACAAAAAAUGUCCGACAACGUAGACGUAGAAAUAGAUAAUCGCACAUUUCGGAAAUUAUUUAAAAAAAUAUAACACAUUUAAAAUUCAUAACUUUUUAAAAAUUAAAAUAAUUUCUUUGUUCUAUGCAAAUUUUAUCUUAUGUCUCUUUAUAAUUUAUUUCUUCUAGUUCUUUGUACAAUAAAAUUUUUAUGCUUACAAUAUUUGGUCUAAGUAAUAUUAUACGUAUUAUAAUCAAUAUGUAGAUACUCAAUCAUUAAUUGUGUUAAUAUAAGAGAAUCACGACAAACAUAAAAUUGAUAUCGAUCGCUUCAACGCUCACAUUAGUUCAAUGAUGACAUGUACAACAACAGCAUAACAUGAUUCAAAGCGCAACGGUAUUCUGCAUUAGGUAUAGCAAUAACAACUAAAAUUGAUUAAUCAUGAGUGAAAUGUAUAAACGCAAUGCGAAAUCCAAUGCGGAUAUUACUAGUGAAUUAAUAGCGUCAAAAAAAUUAAUCUAUUAAUUCGGGCUCUUCAUAUUGGGAUACUGGGAUACUCAGUGCGAUUUUCGUCACAUUGCUCUAACUUUGAUUAUCUGACUUUGUUUUACUCUGAGGUAUCCACUUUACACGUGCUAAGUUAAAAGAUACGUUUUCAAUUCAGAUAUAAUGUGACAAAGUUACAGGGUUUCAAAACUCCAAUGUAACAGG